UUCGUCAAUGGCAUGGUGCUAAUAGUUGCUGCUGAUAUAUAACCAGGGCGAUUAAAUACGAUUAUUUUACACGAAUUUCUUAUGUAACUGAUAACAGUUGACCAAUGUGGAUUUCUGAAGUGCGUCUUAGCUUUUACACUUUCAACAUCUCGGCCUCAUUUUUUGAGGUUGUAAUCUGUGCUCCAAGGUUAGCACGGUAGCGGGCUAACAGUAGCCGAUUAACAUUAAAUUAGUUGAUCUUGGGUUCACACGGUAGAUAGAUAGUUCCAAGGUUACUAAAUACUUAACUUAUAGAAGCUUUUGUAGACGUUACUCGAUUAAGAAUACCUAAGCAUGGCUGAACCCGACAAAUUGAACAUCGACUCCAUCAUACAACGCCUGCUGGAAGGUAAGGGCUCAAGACCUGGUAAAAAUGUUCAACUGACAGAGAAUGAAAUCCGUGGUCUCUGCCUCAAAUCCAGGGAGAUCUUCCUUAGCCAGCCAAUUCUUCUUGAGCUCGAGGCACCCCUUAAGAUCUGUGGUGAUGUUCAUGGGCAGUACUAUGAUCUGCUCAGGCUGUUCGAAUAUGGAGGCUUUCCACCAGAGAGCAACUACCUGUUCCUGGGGGACUAUGUAGACAGAGGCAAACAAUCUCUGGAAACGAUCUGCCUGUUGCUGGCUUACAAGAUCAAAUACCCAGAAAAUUUCUUUCUGCUCAGAGGAAACCACGAGUGCGCCUCCAUCAACAGAAUAUAUGGCUUUUAUGAUGAAUGUAAGAGGCGAUACAAUAUAAAGCUUUGGAAGACCUUCACCGAUUGCUUCAACUGUUUACCUGUUGCAGCCAUCGUGGAUGAGAAAAUCUUCUGUUGCCAUGGAGGACUGUCUCCAGACCUCCAGUCCAUGGAACAAGUGCGGAGGGUGAUGCGCCCCACUGAUGUUCCCGAUCAGGGCCUCCUGUGUGAUCUGCUCUGGGCUGACCCGGACAAGGAUGUCCUGGGCUGGGGCGAGAACGACCGCGGCGUCUCUUUCACUUUCGGUGCUGACGUUGUCACAAAGUUCCUCCACAAACAUGACAUGGACCUCAUCUGUCGAGCCCAUCAGGUGGUUGAAGACGGAUACGAGUUCUUUGCAAAGAGGCAGCUGGUGACACUGUUCUCGGCUCCGAAUUACUGCGGUGAGUUUGACAACGCUGGAGCCAUGAUGAGCGUGGAUGAAACCCUCAUGUGUUCGUUCCAGAUUCUCAAACCUGCAGACAAGAAGCUGUUUUAUGGUGGCGGCGGGGGCAUGGGCUCCGGUCGUCCAGUUACCCCUCCAAGAAAAGCUAAGAAAUGACAGCAGUAGUUUUGCCCUCGACUUCCAACCGACCCCUCCUGCCCUCUCUACCUCUUUUAUCCUUUCUUUCACCAAACAGCCAGAAAUCAAACCUAUACCCAGGGCUUUUAUUUUUUCCUUUUUUUAUCUGUACUUCUUCUUAAAACAUUUCAUGUUAUAAAUUGUCCGAGUGAGUGCAUUCGCAGAUGACGACGUGUCCUCUGCUGUUGAUCAUUGAAAUCACGUGUGCAUGUGUUCGUUCCGUGUGAGGGUAUUAGAGAUUUAUGCUUUCCACUCUCUCUGACCACUCUUCUCCAUGAAAAGGUUGAACCACAGUGUCUGUAUCUGUACAGUGAUUUUAGACUGAAACGACAGGGUUUGGGAGACAACUGACAAAGUGCUGGACAAAUGACGCAGCAUCUAAAGACCCUGUCAUUUGCAACACAGGUAUACUGUAUGCAGGUGGGAGCAUGUGUGUGCGCGCGCGCGCGUCGGCACGCGUGUGCGUGCGCAUGCUGUGCAUUACCUCUUCCUGAGUGUUAUUUCGGAGUUGACUUUGCCUCAGAAGAGUAAUCAUUUUUGCUCAUUGACCCACAUGCAUGCACACACACACAAACACACAAACACACACACAAACACAAACAUGUGACUUAAGUUUGUUUUGAGCCAGAGCUGUAAAAACCCCAUACAGUUUAGGUUUGUACAGAUUUGAUUACUUGAAAGAGAUUUUUUGUGAAUUCGUUUUGUAGUCUUUCAUCAAGUUGACCAAUAAAGCGAGAAUUCUGAGCUGUA